GUCACAGGAUGAAGCGGACCAGGAGGAUGAGGCCCAAAUUGUACUGACCCUGGACCAGUGGGAUCAGCCUGCCGUGCCGUUAAAGGAACUCAAAGCACUCGCCGUCGCUGAUGAGGUACUCUCACAGAGCCUGCCCUGCUAAAGCUGUGAAUGACUCAAGCUGGAACUUUGCACCGGGAGACCAUGUGUACGUGCGAAAUUACGGCGUUGGCGAUAAGUGGGCCCCAGGCACUGUGGAAACCACUUCCGGCGCUCGCCUCCUGGAUGUUAAGACUGCGGACGGGUUUGUCCGCCGCCACUUGGAUCAAGUUCGUAAGCGGACCACAGAUGAGACCCCAGCAGCCGUCGACCGGUCGAGGCUUCCUACAACGGGUUCCCCGGUAUUAAAGGAACCAAGGACCUCUGAAACACCUGAGAAAAUACCAGAAGCGCAACCUCAGGAGCUACGUCGCUCCACACGAUCAAAGAAACCUGUCGUGCGUUUUGGUUACUAAGGGUGAAGAAAUGCGGUAACCCAUGAACAUGACAAGCAAGCUAUUUCCU